AUGUCUAAAAUGCAGCUAUUGCAGGUUUAUCUAAAUGAGCGAUUAACAGCGGUGGCUGUUGAGAUAUUUGGGGCCGUGGAAAAUACCAUUGGAGAGUACCAGGAAGAAAUCUCCCGUUCAAAGGAGGAGAUCGAACGUCUACGGAGGCUGCUGGAUUUGGUUUUCCAACCCGACAUAAAGCUACAGAGAGCAGGUUAGUAUUUAGCCCGAUAAUGGACUAAAGGAGACCAACGUUACUCCGUAAGGCUCUGGAUGCCAAAACAGCCAAAUACUCCAUCUAAACAUGAAUCGAUUCUCAAUUGCGGCACGGUUCUAGAAACAUAAAUCCCCCUAUUUUAAUAUCACAUCAAAAUACACACUUACUGUACACUGUUUUACCCGGUUUUAACACAGUUGCAGCAGACAGUAUUUUUCAUUGACAACAUGUUUGUGGCGUCAGUCUUCCAUUACACACAGGUGUUCGGAGACGCAGACAGCUAAUAGCACAGGUAGUCAACUCUGUCUUCCGUCUGUUUUCCAUAAACAAGUGUUGUAACAUGGACAUAUGGCCUUGUGGGAACCCUAACCCGAUAAAAGGUGUGUAAUUUAACCUUCUUGUUUGUCGAUUUUUUUUUCUUGCUGAUAUGAAAGAUGCGUUCCUAAUGUUUCCAAAAUCGUACCGCAAGCGAUGCGUGUUAAUGUUUAGAGCAAGCGUCGGGGCUCUCAGCAAAACUCCCCUGGUCAGGUCAGAAGAUACUAUCGUCAAUAGGCGCUAAAGCAGUCAGCGUCUAUGAAUGGAUAGUUAGUAGUGAAUGAUGGCCGCUGCUAGCUAGAUCAAUCAAUGUGAUUGAACCAUCCAGGCCUGCCAAACAACCGAUUAAGCAACUUUUGUUGAUUUUUAUGAAAAUUAAUAUUCAUUUGAACUUGGCACAGAGAACUAUUGAUUACUAAUUUUUUAUCCAAUCCCCUCAGACCCCCAGCAGCUCACUCUCCCUGUCCCUGGAGAGGAGGUACCUCCUGAGAAGCAGCACUGUCAGCAGGAGUGGAGCCCCAGUCUGGGGCAGGAGGAGCCAGAGCCCACACAGAUUAAAGAGGAACAGGAAGAGUUUGGGACCAGUCAUGAGGAAGAUCAGCCUCAGGGGCUGGAGUUCGAUAUCAAAGAGGUCAUAUUCUCUCCUCCCUCUCCUCCCCAGCCCUCACAUCUUCCCCAAACCCAAACUGGGGAGAACAGAGAGAGGGACUCUCUACCCACCAAAACAACUGAAGAGAUCAAAACGGAACCGGAUGAAGAGGGUUAUGGAGAAUCCGAACCAAACAGUGAAUUAAAUCCCCUUUCUCCAGUAAAUUCAGACUGUUCUGCAGCUCAUAUUGGGAACAGUGAAAGUGACAAUGGGGUGGACAGUGGAGGACUAA